AUGGUGCACUUGCGCUCAUUUACGCUCCUGGUCACGGCAGCAGCCUUCGGGCAAGCAGCGUUGGAUUGGCAGAAUGUGCGCACUGGGGCAUCCGGAGGCUUCACAACUGGCAUUCUCUUCCAUCCAAAUUCAGAGGGUAUUGCAUACGCGAGAACAGACAUUGGAGGCCUUUACAGGCUGAAUGCCACAGAUGAUUCCUGGAUUCCUAUCACGGACAGCCUCGCCACUGACGAGGGAUGGCACAACUGGGGUAUUGAUGCCAUUGCAGUGGACGCGCAAAACGAUAAUAUGGUGUAUGCCGCUGUAGGUGGAUACACUGUUGACACAGUCUACAAUACCGACACGAAUGGAGCCAUCAUUCGAAGCUCAGAUCGCGGAAUGACCUGGAACUCAACCGCGCUUCCCUUUAGGGUGGGGGGAAACAUGCCAGGUCGUGGUAUGGGCGAACGUCUCGCCGUCGACCCGGCCAAUUCUGACAUCAUUUACCUCGGGGCUCGAAGCGGGAAAGGUUUAUGGAAGUCUAUGGACGGAGGCGUUACUUUCAACAAUGUUACCUCCUUCACGGCAGUUGGCAAUUAUGCCCAGAACAAGACAGACACGACUGGCGUGGGAACUGAUCUUCAAGGACUGACCUUUGUCACGUUCGACGAGACUUCAGGAAUUACAGACAGUGGCGCCACAAGUCGCAUUUUUGUGGGAUCGGCCAAUGAUGGAUCUGUCGAGACGGUCUGGGUGUCCAACGACGCUGGUGAGACCUGGGGUCCGGUGAAGGGCCAGCCGCGCGAUUAUUUCCCUCACAAGUGCAAGUUGCAGCCAACAGAAAAGGCUCUCUACCUCACUUACAGUGAUGGACUUGGACCUUACGACGGUGCGAAGGGAUCCGUUUGGAGAUAUGACCUGAGAAACUCAACGUGGAAAGACAUUACGCCAGUCCCCAACGCCAGUUUAACACACGGCUUUGGGGGUUUGGGUCUUGAUAUGCAGCAGCCAGGGACGCUCGUAGUAGCAGCCCUGAAUCUUUGGUGGCCCGACGUCCAGUUUUUCAGGUCUAUCGACUCAGGAGCCAGCUGGUCAACAAUUUGGGAUUGGGUAAAUGCAACCACAGGGACGAUGGCGCGUCAUCAUACAACCUCUGCGCCCCUUGCACCGUGGCUCGAGACAGGAUUCGUUAACGUGCCAGGAGGAAAGCACUUGGGAUGGAUGGUCGAAUCAUUGGAGAUCGAUCCACUCAACAGUGACCAUUGGCUCUACGGCACUGGUAUGUCACUUUGGGGAGGAAAGGACUUGACGAAAUGGGACAAAAGCCCUCGUGAGAAUGUCACUAUCCAGUCCUUGGCUUUCGGCAUGGAGGAGACCGCAGUCCUGGACCUUGCUUCCGCCCCAGGAGGGACCGAACUCUUGAUGGCUGUAGGCGAUGUGGACGGAUUUACGUAUAAAAGCAGCAGUGACCUUAACACACCACCUUCCAUUCCAUGGAUGAACCCGCAGAUUUCCACUACAGUUGGCGUUGAUUUCGCCGGAAACAGCGUCGAUCAUAUUGUGCGUGUAGGCAAUAGCUCCGAUGGCUCACAAAGUCAGAUUAUUACCAGCUCUGACGGCGGUGCUACUUGGAAAGCCCAUCUCGGGACUGAAAACUCGACUUAUGGUGGCGCCGUGGCUUACUCGGCUGAUGCGAACACGAUUCUAUGGUCAUCAUGGAAUAAUGAGGUCUUUCGUUCAAGAAACGGCAGUGAUUUCACCACUGUCACGAGCCUUUCUCCGGGAGCGCUUAUCGCCGCUGACAAGCAGAACGGCACCGUCUUUUACGGAGCUUCGAAGGGGACUUUCUUUGUGUCCACCGACGCAGGGGCCACAUUCACACAGGCCGGUGCACUGGGUAAUGCUACAGUUGUCGUAGAUAUUGCUGCGCAUCCGGUCACGGAGGGAGAAGUCUACGUUUCAACCAAUGUCGGCAUCUUCAAGAGCACAGACUACGGUUCGACCUUCACUCUAAUAAGCGGAGGGGUACUCACCAACACACAAUUGGUAGCUCUAGGACUGGCCCCGGAUGCUGCUUCGUGGGCCAUCUAUGCUUUUGGCAAAGGGCCCGCAGGUACAAGGCUGUAUGCCAGUAUCGACGGCGGUGCGUCGUGGGAGGAUAUUCAGGGCGAUCAGCAGGGUUUCGGGGCUGUGAACUCGGAAAAGGGCAAGCUUGCCGGCAGUGCCAAUGUGCCUGGUCAGGUCUAUGUUGGAACCAAUGGCAGGGGGGUUUUCUAUGCGCUUAUGGCCCCUAAUAGCUGA